AUGGGCGACGAGGCAGCGGCGGGCGGCCGGGCGGUCGCUCCAGAUGCGCCCUGGCCCCAGAGCAGCACGGAUUCAGCAGCGGUAAAGAGGGACGCGGCUGCAGCGGAGAGCGCGGCCACAAAACCAAGCAGUGGCUCGGACUGCGUAGAAAACGGGGUGACGGCUACCGACAUUUUGAACAAGAUUGUCAGCAAUGAGGAAGAAUACAACGAGGCAGGGGUAGAAUUUGAUUCCCAGUUUGACGAAGCAGAGUCACAGCACAACGGCAGCACCAAUGGCACCGACUCCAGAAGCCAGGCAACGCCAUCGCCGCCCAAUGCCGCCAUCGUCAUCGCCGCCCAAACGGUGCCACCAGCACCCGCAGCAGUCCCUCAGGCAGAGGGCGCACGCGCCUCAAACCGAGCAGCUGUGGCGACAGAACCAGUUCGGGGAAAGAAAAGGCAGGAACAGGCUGCAGAUUUUGAGUUCCUGGAAAAACGUAUGCGCCACGACUUUCUAAUGAAAGAAAAGGAAUGUGCCACAGAGGCUAGGCGUUUAGCCCUUGAGGAGAAAAGGCUGGCGUGGGAAGAGGAACGGGGCCGGGCUGAGCUGCGGCUCAGGGAAAGAGAGAGCGAAAGGGCUGCUCAAGAACGCGAACAAGAAAGGAGGUUUCUUGCAGAGCAAAGAGAGCGAGAGAAGAAAGAAAAGACGGAGGAGCACGACAGGUUCCUUGCACAGCAGCAAUGUAUGCUGAGCAUUCUGGAAAGAGUGCUAGAAAAAAUAAAUAAAUGA